AUGGAUUCAUCUGCGCAGCCAUCGGGCUCCUCUUCUAUGUUUGAAGACCGACCGAGUGUGGAGGGACCGUCAGUAUUAACGGAAUAUACGUCGAAAACCUCGUCGCCAUCUCCAGACCAGAAGCGCUUGACGAGACGGAGGCAUAUUAUCAAGGAGCUGGUUGACACGGAGCACUCCUUCGGCCAGGAUAUGAAGGUAGUCGACGACAUUUACAAAGGCACCUCAAACGUCAUAAUCAUUUCAGCAGAAGAUGUAAAGACCUUGUUCGGCAAUUCUGACCAGAUCGUCGCCUUUUCGACCAAUUUCCUUGACGCUUUGAAGGGAGCUUCCAAAUCAGUCUAUGUAUUGCCAAAGUCGAAACGGUGGCGAAGCAACCGUGUUAGCAAUGCAACGUCAUAUAGCGGGAAUACUGAUGAUCAGUCCUCAAUAAACGGACUUGAGCUUAGUGAUGAUGACAAGGACCGCAAGACCUUCAUUGGAGAGGCAUUUGGCCAUCACAUGGCGCACAUGGAAAAGGUGUAUGCUGAGUACUUGAAAAACCAUGAUGCUGCCAACCAAAAGCUUCAAGUACUGCAGAAGAAUCCCAAGGUGCAAAUCUGGCUCAAGGAAUGCCGAGCUUAUGCUCACGAUCUAACUUCAGCUUGGGACCUCGAUUCUUUAUUGGUAAAGCCGGUUCAGCGGAUUCUCAAAUACCCAUUGUUACUGGAACAACUCUUGGAAGCAACGCCAGAGAACCAUCCUGAUUAUACGGCUUUGGACAUUGCUGUUCGAGAAAUCAAAGGCAUCUCCAUGAGGAUCAACGAGAGCAAGAGGCGUGCCGAUAUCAUGGAGCAGGUGACAAAUAACAGAAAGCGCAAGGAAUCAGAUGUUCGCAUUGGCCUCUCCAAAGCCUUUGGUCGUCGAACAGAGAAGCUCAGACAACAGGUUGGCUUGUCGGAUAUGGUGGAAGACAAAGCCUAUUCAGCGGUUUACGACAAGUUCGGCUCAUGUUUCUUCCAGCUUCAGGUCGUGAUGAGGGACGUGGAAAUGUACACCAACGACGUUCAAAUUUUCAUGAGCCGCUUUUGCGAAUUCGUUCUGGCCAUGGAGGCGCAUAUCGAUGUCGCUCAGACAAGCUACCCGGAGGUCGAGAGCAAGUGGCGAAAAUUCAGGAUGUCCACGAGGGAAAUGUCGAUGACGGCCCUGACGGACCAUAUCGCCGCUGUUCGCAAGAAUGUGAUUGAACCCAUGAUGACACUAUUGAGACUUUACGAAGGCCCUCAAAAGUUGACGCAGAAACGCAACAAGCGAAUCAUGGACUACGCGCGUUUCAAAGCUAUCAAAGACCGAGGAGACAAACCAGAUAAGAAAACCAUCGAGCAAGGCGAGCAAUUCAUAGCCGUCAACGAUACCCUCAAGGACGAGCUGCCGAAGCUGUUCUCUUUGACAAGCAAACUGGUGGAAGCAUGUCUUAACAAUUUCGUUCAGCUCCAAUUGCAAUGGCACAUUGUCUGGCGGAGGAAGCUGAGCCAGGCCAUUGAUGAUAACAAAGUACCGAGCAAGGCGCAAGACAUUGUCGAUGCAUUUACCGGUGACUUUGCUUUCUUCGAAGCUCAAGUCCUUUCACUUGGCGUUUGCAACGGUUCCAUGCUCAACGACGCCGCCAACUUUCUUUCGCCCUCGACCACGUUCAAUGGUGACGAUAGCACUUCGCAGAGGCAACCUUCGUCGGUGGAACUCUCAAAACGGCGUACGCUUUCCGUCAGCAGUGACAGAUCACCCAUACUGCCCAAGCCGGACUUCGGAGGCCGGAGCAGUGGAAGUUUCUUUACCAUUGGCGAUGGGAUUCAACUUGCACCCGCAGGGCAGCCCACGGGGAAUUAUGUGGAACCUAGUCGCCGCAUGCGGGCCAGUUCCACCCUCUCUGGCCAUAGUCCGCGAACACCAGAGGUGCCCGGCAGCUACCAUUCUUACUCAAACAACACAACACCGGUGAGCUCGACUCCUGGACGCAUGAUCACUGCCGGCCCCCGGACUUUCACGGAGCCUUCGCCCGCUCAUUCUCGUCCAAGCGUUGACCAUUCGAGCAUUAGCCACGUCAGCGAAGACUCAACGCGUGUCGGUAGGGAUUCGUCGGGAAGUACAUAUCCUCCGGGCGGUCCCACAUCUCAGCAUCGCGCGGCUUCCCCUUCGGCCCGAUAUUCUGGCUUCUUCUCCUCGGCCAUGCCAAUGUCAGACUCUCCACGCAAUCAAUCUCCAGCACCCGGGCAAGCGCAGAAGGACUUCAAUGUCAUCUUCCUUGCAGCCAGCGUCUACGAGUUCAACAUUGAUCGUGCACGGAAAGAGGCAGGCUAUCCCUAUCUGACCUACGUUGCCGGAGAAAUCUUCGAUGUCAUCGGCGAAAAGGGCGAGCUCUGGCUCGCGAAGAAUCAAGAUGACUCGGACAACUUGGUCGGCUGGAUAUGGAACAAGCACUUCGUCAAGCUGGCCUCCUGA